AUGGGUAGUAGCGGCGUUAACCAUGGUAUGGCGCGAGUAGGAGCAGGAGGCGAGAGGGGAGGCGGCGAUCCACCUUCUCCCUCCGCCGGGAGGACGGAGCUAGCUUCAGAGGGGAGCUUCGCCGAGAGGCGCCACGGGAGAGAGAAGGGUAGCGCGGUGGCGGCAAAGCAAAGGGGAGCCGCGUCGGCGGCGGAAGAAAUGGGUGAAACUACAGAACGUAAGGAUACAGGGCAUGCACACGCGCACAACGCCGUUGGUGACUACGACGACGAUGAUGAUGAUGAAGACGACGACGAGCCUGUCAUCGUCUGGACCCCGGUGGUAGAGUACCGGGGGUCGCUCAGCUACUGGACGGUGCAGCUCACGGGGUGGCGAACCGAGACGGCUACAGACGGCAGCAACACCAGCAGCACCAGCGAUGUCGUCUCCACGGCCGCAAUGGCCGGCGGCCGGUGGCAACGCAGCAUCAGCAACCUCAGCGCCGCGGAUGGGCAAGACGGCGGCGGUCACACGGCGACGACGGCGGGGAUUACCAUCACCGCCGGUCCCGAGAUGUGCCCGGAAGGGUGCCAGGCCAUCGUGGACACGGGGUCAUCCCUCCUGGUACCGCCUAGGGGCCAGUACCGCGAGGUGAUGAAGCAGAUCAUCGGCGGCAGGGCGGACUGCCGAUACCGAUACGGGAUGACGUCGUGCUCCGAGUGCGGCAGCCCAGAUGACUUCCCCGACAUCGUUGUCUCUGUUGCUGUGGCCCCGCCUCCGGGUCACGGGGGGGGGGCGCCAGCGCGGCGGCGGCCCAUGAAGAGUGCACAUGGCGACGGCGAGGUCGGUAUCAUCAACAACGGAGGGAAACACAACAGGCGGCGGACGGGUGGCGUUGGCGGUAGCGGUGGCGGUGGCAGCAGAGGAGGAGGAGGAGGAGGAGGAGGAGGAGGACGAGGAACCGGGUGGUUCCAGGAGUUCCGCCUGAAGCCGUCCGACUACCUGUCGCAGAGCUGGGACGGCUGCGAAGUCCUCAUCGGCGAAGGGCGGGCGACCGACAUCUGGACCCUAGGCGACGCUUUCAUCAAGACCUACAUGACCAUCUUCGACGUCGCCAACCUCCGUGUCGGCUUCGUCUGCCCCGACGGGGGGCGAUGCCUCGGUGGAAACCCCGCCGCCGCCCCCUGGCGCCCCGCGACGCACUUCUGCUGGCCGUUCCCGGGUAGGAGCACGGUCGACCAAGACAGUGCCGAUCGGCUGGGGGGCACCUACUGCUUGUACCUCCACUUCAGCUUCUUGGGGUGGGCCCUGAUGGCCACUUCGGUCCUUCUGUUCGUGGUGGGUUGCCUGUUUGCCGCCCACGAGCGGAGCAGCAGCGACGGCGGUGCUACUAGCUUGGUGGCGGUGCCGUCGUUGUCACCGUCGGAGCAGCAGAACAACUUCACUCUGUCGAAUCCUCCGUUGCCGCUCCUCUUCACGGCUCGACCUGAGUGCCGUUGUCAGCAGCAGCAGCUGCAGCAGCAGCAGCCGCGAUCAAGGUGGCAGGAAAAGCCGGCGCUAGUAGAGGAUGACGCGGAGGCUGUGCGCGGCGGCAACGGCAGGAGCGGCGGUGGUCCGCGAAGUCCGGUCGGUGACGGUAUGGCCGCGCCCAGGAGAAAGACCCCAGAGAAACGGCACGACUGCCGUCAACCAGGAGGAGGAAGCGAGGGAGGAAUCCCGCUGCGAUGGGCCCAGGGCUCCAAAGAUAUUUUGCUCCCUUUCGCCGGCAGGAGUGCUGCCGUGGCCGGAUGGGUGGUGUCGCUGGCGGCGGCGGCGACGAACGCGCGACAACAGUGGCUUUCCCCUCGUGAUGGCCGGCGAAGAAAAGCCUAG